AAAGAAAAAAAAAAAAGCCUAAUAUAAAUUAAACAAUACCCGGUCCGUCCUCUGCGGUUGCAGUUGCAGUGGGCUUCUCUAGUCGAGCAAACAUGCAUCAGGGUGGAGGAUCUGAGACGGAGGUGACUUGGGAGGACCAGCAGAACAUUAACAAGUUUGGAAGAUUAAACAACCGCUUUCACGAGCUUGAGGAAGAGAUCAAAAUCGCCAAGGAAUCAAAUGAAAGUCUGGAGGAUGCUAGCAACGAAUUGAUUCUCACUGAUGAGGAGGUGGUUCGGUUCCAAGUAGGGGAAGUCUUUGCCCAUGUGCCGAAGGAAGAAGUGGAGAGCAGGAUAGAAGAGAUGAAAGAGGUGACUAGCAAGAACUUGGAAAAACUCGAGGAAGAGAAGGAGUCUAUAGUUGCACAGAUGGCCGAAUUGAAAAAGAUCUUGUAUGGGAAGUUCAAGGACUCUAUCAAUCUAGAGGAGGAAUGAUAUGAUUUUCCUUGUUGCCAUGUUACUAGAGAAAAUGACUUGCUGCAAAUUCUGGUAUGUUUGGAUAUUAAGCAAUGUGUUUAGACAGUCGGAUUAAUUAGUAGUGUUUAUCGGUCCUUCUGGCAUGUGUCAUGAAUGGGUCAGUUUUAAGCUUGUUCUGUUAAAAGAAGUGGAACUACGUACAUGCAACUCAGCUUUUACCUGGUGCA